AACCAUGUACAGUAUGGCACACUUAAAACCAUUUAAAGAGCCACCAACAUUAGCUGCUGCAAGCACAUCAGAGGGAAAAAUCGGAACUGAAAUUGCAGUUGGUGACACUGAACCAGAAACACCCACAGAAGACUUUAGAAAAGUGGAUGGCACUGUAUCCCAUGACAGCACAGUGAAAAACAUAGAGGUCACAGCAAUGGAAGAAGAGAAGUAUGUAGGGCAAGAUGUUUCAAACAAUGAUUCAAGUGAUGCUGAUGACAAUUUUGAUGACAUGCUUGUGGAGAAGGUGGAAGACAAGCAAUGGAUUCUGAAAGGUAAUUGGUUACCGCACCUUUCUUAAACAGAUUAACAUACUUCAUAAAUGGAACUAUGUUAAAGGUUUUCAUGUACAAAGUGGCCGCAUUCACAGUAGUAAAACAGAGAAAAAGGAAACUGUAUUACCAUGCAUGUAAUAUGUGUUAAUAUUUUUUUCUAGUCAAAUUUGUAAGGACCAGCAAACACACAGAGAGACUGGAGGCCAAAGUGAGAAACAUAAAAGUGUAUGGCUCUUCAUUUCAUUGCCUGAAACCGAGAAGCUGGAUAAGUGAUGAGGUAUAUUUAAGUACCACCAAACAUGUAUUUGUUAAUGGGAUUGAUUCAUCAAAUAUUAUUGAAAUUGUGCCUUUUCUUUCAUCAUGUGUUGUAGGAGUCAGGUAAUUACUUUCUACCAUAUACUGUGGACUCAUGAGGCACAUGUGAAGAUAACAGGAAGAGUGGAAUUAUGUCACAUAGCAGACAGUUAUCUUAAUACCCCUAAAGUGGGAUAUCUCACAGGUUUGGUUCUGUAAUGGUGACUAUGAAUCAAUAAUAUCUUUAAGCACACAAAAAUUUGAAUGGGGUGAAUGGUUGCUAUUGAUUGACCAGUUGAAUGAAAUUGGUAGUUUUAUAUACAGGUGCAGUAAAGUAAAAAUUUGAGAAAAUAUGACUCACAAAAAAGAAAAAGAUAUGUUCAAACCAGUGACUGGAUUAAAAUAUUGACAUUAACUAAUAAAUAAAUUAACAUUGACAUUAAUUAAUAAAUCAAGAUUUGCAUUUUCAGUGUUGGCUGUAACAUAUUCAUCAUUUCAUAUAUUUAUUUUCAAGAAAGGGAGGAGGACUACUGCAUAUACUGCAACCUUGUCAACUGUGAAAAGGAAAGUGAGGAUUGCACGAUGGUAAGAAACAUAGAAUGGUAUGAGAAAUAAAUGCCAUAAACUGCCUAAGGAUCAUGAUUCUUAUAAAAAUUCCACAUCAGUAAACAUUUUCAUCAUGCUGACAGGCAUAUGUUAGGUGAUGCUGCCAUGUGGAAGGAAUAGCAUGAGUGAAUGCAAAGUAUGUGCAUCCGAUGAAGUGAGCUGUAGUUCACAAAAGCUUAUGCUCAAAUAAAUUUGUUAGUCUCUAAGGUGCUACAAGUACUCCUUUUCUUUUUGCGGAUACAGACUAACACGGCUGCUUCUCUGAAACCUGUCAUUAUAACUUCUGUGAUUUCAUUUUCUCAAUUGUUACUUAUCAAAGGUCAAGUGUGAUUCUUGCAAGAGGUGGGCAUCUAUACCAUGCAUUACAGAAGGAACCAAUCAAGACUACCUGACUGAUGAGAAGAAAGAGUACAACGCAAAAAAUGUGCAUAGUUCCCUUCUUUACCAAAAAAACAAAACAAAAAAUCCAUUAUAUUUAAAUGCCUCUUGUUCAAAACAUAAUGCAACCAAAAUAUUUUUUUUAUUUAUAUACCAGAUUAUAAUAAAUGUUUUUUAUUUGAAAAAAAUUAUUCUCAGUAUUUGUGUCCCUGUGUACAAUGCAAAUUAUAAAAGCAGCAAGGAGGAAGGAAAUCGUGAGUGUUUUCGACCAAAACCCCCAUCCCUCCUGAUUCGCAACCAUCCCUGCACCAGUGAUAGGUGCAUGGGCAGCCAAGUAAUUGGAAAUAACCAAGGAUGAAGCCAGUGAAAAAAGAUCAAAGGGGCCACUCUGGUAUUACCUUGGGCUCAUGGGCAUGCUCCGAACCCCCAAACCUUGCCUCCCUUUUCACGCACGUCUCAAUCACCAAAUACAUCAACUGUGCACGUUAGCAAGGAGGGAGAAAUUGUGAGUGUUUUUGACCACAAAAUCCCAUCCCUCCUGAUUUGCAACCCCUGGACCAGGCAGUAAAAUCAAAUUGGCACAUUAGCAAAGAGGAAGCAAACCGUGAGCGUUUUCGACCAAACCCCCAUCCCUCCUGAUUUGCAACCCUGGCAGGCGGUAGCAAGUCCUGAGCACUGGCCAAGUGGUCACGUUUGCGUGGCGGAGACUGCAUCUAGUUGCAAAAGGGGAAGGUUGCUAUCUGUGUCGUCCUCUCUGUGCUAAUGGUGGGGCCCGGGGCUGCAGUACGAGGCCCCGAUCCUGCACUCGGAUCUGAGGCGUGGAUGCCAGGGCAGCCCAGCUGAGGUGAGCGCGGCGCCGCCCCAGGGGAUCCUCUGGGGCCGUGCAGCGGCAGGUCCCGGUCCUCGGGCGCUCAUCCAGCCCCGUGCAGAGGGCCUGCCUCAGCAGCGGGGCGCCGCGGCCAGGCCGGGGCCUCGGCUCCUCCUAGCAGGCGGGGAGCGAGCCGGGCUGAGGGUGAAGGGCCCUUGAGCCGGGGGAGACGCCGCUGGGCUGGGAGCGGGGCACCUGGGCUGGGCCGGGCCUCAUGGUGAGGAGGCGGAGCAGGCGCCGGGAUUUGGGGCCGCCCGUCUGCCUGGGGGCGGGAGCGGCUGGCGGAGCAGCAGUUGCGGCAGCUUGGGCCGCAGGGAGGCGCCUGAGCGGCUGCCCCUGAACAUGGCGGCGGCUGCUCCUCCCGCGGGCGGCGGGGGCUGCUGCCCGGCCGGGCCUGGCGGCGGCUCGGUGCCCGUGCUCUUCUGCUUCUCGGUCUUCGCCCGGCCCUCGACCGUGCCGCACGGCGCCGGCUACGAGCUGCUGAUCCAGAAGUUCCUGAGCCUCUACGGGGACCAGCUCGACAUGCACCGCAAGUUCGUGGUGCAGCUCUUCGCUGAGGAGUGGAGCCAGUACAUCGACCUGCCCAAGGGCUUCCUGGUCAGCGAGCGCUGCAAGGUGCGCCUGGUGCCGCUGCAGAUACAGAUAACUACAUUGGGCAACCUGACACCUUCAAGCACUGUAUUCUUCUGUUGUGAUAUGCAAGAAAGAUUCAGACCUGCUAUCAAAUAUUUUGGUGAUAUCAUCAGUGUAGGACAACGUUUGCUCCAGGGUGCACGGAUUUUAGGAAUUCCAGUCAUUGUGACAGAACAGUAUCCCAAAGGCCUUGGAAGCACCGUGCAAGAAAUUGAUUUAACAGGAGUUAAACUUGUGCUUCCAAAAACAAAAUUUUCUAUGGUAUUGCCAGAAGUAGAAGCUGCAUUAGCAGAUAUUCCUGGAGUCCGCAGUGUUGUCUUGUUUGGAGUAGAAACUCACGUAUGCAUCCAGCAAACAGCGUUGGAAUUGGUUGGCAGAGGUCUGGAAGUUCACAUUGUAGCAGAUGCCACCUCAUCAAGAAGUAUGAUGGACAGAAUGUUUGCUCUUGAGCGUUUUGCUCGCACUGGAAUAAUAGUUACCACUAGUGAGGCCAUCUUGCUGCAGCUGGUAGCUGAUAAAGACCAUCCAAAAUUCAAAGAAAUUCAAAACAUCAUUAAGGCAAGUGCUCCAGAGUCAGGGCUCCUUUCCAAAGUAUAAAGAGGGCUUUUUGAAAGAGCACCACAUUGUCAUCUUUAAGGAAGAACUAAAGUUGUAAGCAGACAUGCGUGCACACUCUCACACUAACUUCAGUAGAACUAUAAAACUAAAAGUUGGCGUAUUUGUGCUUGCCUUAGCAAAAUUUGUCUGGGUGCCAGUGUGUUCUGUUUAAUCACAGCUGUCAAAGACCUUGAGUACCAUAAGAUGCUUUUAUUGUCAGAUGCUCUAUUAUUUAUUUAAAAAAAAAACUUAACAGAGGUGCCUGUUAGUCUGUACUAUAUCCACUGAUUGUUACACUUCUCCAAAAAGUGCACAUUUCUGUGAAAUCUCUUGAUUGUUCACUUUGUAAAAGUGUACUGUGAUAUUCUGCUUCACUUUUGUAUUGAUUGAGGUAAAUGUGAAGUGAUAAUAUGCUUUAACUUUGUGCAUAAAUUAAACUAUUUUAAUAGAGAAUUUCAAUAGUAUAAAAUAGAUGGACUACAUGUUUACAUUGUUUGUCUUUUAGAAUAAAAGCUAAAUGCUUGUCUUAUUCAGUAGACAAACCAAGUAGCUCAAUCAACAAUCUAGGCUUAAUUAUUCUGUGUAGCUGAAGUGGACUACGUUGAUUCUUGAUUAUUCCAGACUUUUGACUCCCUAAUCCUGUUUUAAUGUUCUGUACUUCAACUACAAGUUCCAGAUGGAAGCAAUCAUUGGGUCACUGCUCCUUUCAAAAUUAUAAAGAAAUUUGUCAAUUUGUUAAUGAGAUGAUCUAAAAGAUUGGUUUACAGUAAUUCACAGCUAGUGGGAGACUACCAGCAUCUAAAAUUGAAAAAAAAAUCUUAAACUCUUUCAGUUUCAACUACUGAAGGCUAAUUAUUUCUAGAAAUGUCCUCAUAUUUUUUUAAUCCUUUUAUGACUAGAUUUAAUAAGCUCCAUCUGGUUUCUGCAUUACGCCAAGCAAGCCCUGAAAAAACUUUUCAAGUGUGUUGCAAACUUCUGCAGCACUGAUGUUGGAAUUUGAUUGGAAUCUAGCCUAAAAGCGUAAUUUAAAAAGGAACAUCUGUAGCUUGUUGCUAUAUAUCUUGUAGCUGGAACUAAACUUUAACACGAUUGUUCUUCUUGAAGGCACCGUCUUCAUGUUCAAAUGAGUUAAAAUUUGUUAUAUAACGUUUACAACAAGAAUGUAACUUUAGAACCUUUGGUUUUUUGUUGUUUUUUUUUUAAGGAGAUGAAACAAAAUAUUGAACACUGAUCUUUUAGGUAUAAAAAUUACAGUAAAUGUAUUGUUUGAAAUGAUUUAUUUUCCCCACAAGAUGGCUCUAAAAGAAUUGCAUAACCUCUAUAUGUUUAAAGCAAAUAAAAUGUUAACAUUUACUGUC